AUGCAGUGGCGACGAGCCCUGGGCGUGGCGCUGGCGCUGGCGGCGCUGGGGCGUUCCUGGAUGGAGAUCGCUCCGGCGCGCUUCUCGGAGCAUGCGAACUGGCUGAUCCCCCAGCGGUUGAUGGUAGGUCGGUAUCCCUAUGUGAGUCCGGUCUACUGCCCAUCGGAAGCCGAAGCCAAAGAUCAGCUUCAAAGCUUGCUGCAGGCUGGGAUCACCACCUUUGUUUGCCUGCAGUCGGAGCUGCCCGAACAGUUCGCCCCCUGGCCUCGCGGUGGAAUUCACGUGCCGGGCUUCGCUGGUGCCUUCCAGCCAUAUGGCGCGCGGGCGCAACAGCUGGCGUUGAGGACCGAGCUGCACUUCUUGCACAACCCCAUUGCAGACCUGGGCACCCCAGGACUCUCGGAGCUUUCCACCUUGGUCGGCGACCUGAAAGAGCGCUUGCUCAGCGACCAGCGGGUCUACGUGCAUUGCUGGGGCGGCCGCGGCUGGAGCGGUGUGGUCGCAGCUUGCCUGUUGGGAGCUUUGCACCCAGAGCUUUCUGCUGAUGAGGCUUUGCAGCUGGUGCAAGUGGGAUACACUUCCAGGUGGGUGCUUGUCACUGUGACCCCCAUGGUUUGGUGCAUUUGUCAGAGUUAUUUUUGUGCUGGGCACUUGAUGAUGGUGUAA